AUGUUGAAAAAGAAGGAAACCCUCACCAUCAUCACGCCCAUCCCGGGCUUCAUCCCGCGACAGCUCGCUAUCGAUCUUCUUCACUCCCACGGCGAGAUCAUCACCCUCAACCCCCUCGUCCUGUCGCACAAGCCCAUUCCCGCUCCUCGCCAUGCCGCCGCCGACGAGUACUACAGCACCUGGUACGAGAUCACAGAGCGCAUCCAGUACAUCCCCGGCCUGGGAAAGAUAGGUUCCGGAAAGCUCACGUUUAACGGAUGUUUUCAUGAUAUGCCAUGGGGUAUGCAGUCGCAUAUUUAUAUCCCGCUUGGUAUCGACAUGAGGAACAAGUACCGCAUUAUGGGGAACCAGCCGGGCAUCGAACCACCGGAGCAGCCUGAACUUGGACUUGAACAGCUUGGUGCGCCGAAGGAGGGGCUUUAUCUUCGCACUGAUGUUGAGCUCAAGUGUAACAUUACUCUGAUGGGUUUUGUGAAAGCGGAGUCGAGAAAGGCUAGCGUUGAUAUGGUUAACCGUAUGGUGAAGAAGGCGGAGUUGCUCGAUGCUGGUCUUUUGAAGGCCAUGUUUGAGGAUGGAAAGCUCAAGACUUAUAACCCUAAUGAUCGAUCGGAGGCGAGUCAGGCGAGACAACAGGCGCUGAGACAGCAGACUAUGCCGGAGGGUCAGUUCGCUGGUGCUGCUCCUCCUGGACCUGGACCUAUGAGCCCAGGUCCUUCUUACACUCAGCCCUACGCGUAUGCUCAGCAACAACAACCUCAUCUCCAACCCCAACCUUCACCAACAUACCCUUACGCCCGUCCCGACGCCUCCAACUCCCAAUACCCGCAAAGCCCAUACGGCUACCACCCAGGCCAAACACCUCCCCCCAACGCCCAAUACCAACAACAAGCACCGCCCGUGCCGCCAAAAACCAACAUCCAGAGCUUCCCGAUGGAACUCCCCGGCGACUACUACCACCCACAGCAAUCACCAAAUCUCCAACAGCAGCCCAGUCCUGGACAUCCACCCAGCAACUACCGCAAUUCUACGGGGUCUUAUGAUCCGCGAUGGUCGCAGUCUAGUCCGUCGGCUGCUGAUUCGCAUCGCGCGAGUAUGUACUCGCAGCACUCGGCGGGAUAUCCGUCGCCGGCGCCUGCGCAGCAGAGUUUUGCGGCGGAGUUACCGUCGCAUAAUGAGACGUCGGAGGAGCAUAGACAUUGA